AUGAUGUUACCUCUUGUGAUUCUGUUUGUUCUCCUGAAUUCAGCUGCUUCUGGAAUCCUCAAAGAAAGAAACAAGGAUUCAUGUGUUGGUCGCUGCGGGGAUCAUGUAAACCAUAAUUAUAACUGUCAAUGCAAUAGCGCAUGUGUGCGCCAUGGAGACUGUUGCACCGAUUACAACUUGUGUAAUGGAAGUGAAGUCGGUUUUACCGAUGAGGAAAUUCUCGUAGUUUCUGAGCAGAUUUAUUCUCUGGACACCAACAAAGCAACAAAGAAUGAGAUACGUCUUAAUCUUCAACACUCUGUUUCCAAAUCGCAAACUGGGACUAAGAUUGAUUAUGCCCAACAGCGGCUUUUUGCUUAUGUGAAUGAAGAAGUUCUGUUCUCAAGGCCAACUUUUGCUAAAUUCAUCGCUCUAUUAAACAACUACAACCGAAUGACUGGCAUUGCAGAGAAGUUCACAGUGGAGCAGCUGGCAGAACAAGACAUGUUCAUCACAGAGAUUAUGAAGAGUUCCAUCAUGAACAAGCUGUACCAGGUCUUCCGGUCAAAGAAAAUGUAUAAUUCCAUCGCAGAGUUUGAGGAGGACCUGAAGAAGAUGUGGUUUGGUCUCUACUCUAGAGCCAACAACCUUCUUGAUUCCAGCGGCUUUGAACAUAUUUUUUCAGGUGAAGUGAAGAGAGGGAAGGUGUCUGGGUUCCACAGUUGGAUCCGCUUCUACCUUGCCGAGCAGAAUGGCGAACUGAAUUAUUACAGUUACAACUAUGACGGACCAUGGACUAGCUAUCCAGAUGUGCUGGCAAUGCAGUUUAACUGGAAUGGAUACUUCAAACAAGUGGGUUCAGAAUUCAUUGGCUCCAGUCCCGAAUUUGACUUUGCCAUUUAUACUCUUUGCUUUAUUGCAAGGCCAAAUUCUCCGUGUACAGUGAAGCUUGGCAGGAACACCAUGAAAAUUCAGACAUACACCUGGACCAAGUCCACAUAUGGAAAUGGGAAGAAAUAUGUAGCAUCAGCUUUCCCUCUAACUCCGUAACAGGAGCAGAAUUCUUUCGUUAUCAUAAUCUGAUAGAAAAUAAAGAAGAUUGCUC